AUGACGGAGCAAGUGGUCGAACCGACGCGUGCCAUCGACUACUGGGUUUGCAAAGCCACAGACAGAUUCGUGACUGAGGAUGAGAGAAUAAAAGCGCUUGAUUUCAUCAUUGAGAGUAUUCAUAAGGAACCAGCCAGUGCUCUUCUAGCCGUCGACUUGUUUUCGCACAAACUAUCGAGCCCUUGCCAAGAGGAAGCGAUGCUUACGAUCCAUGCUCUCGACUAUUUGGUGCGAAAUGGUGGAGAGAAGGUUCAUGAGCGAUGUGGUCGUUACAAAUUCCUAAACGAGCUUGUCAGACUGAUUGCUCCCAAAUACAAUGGGAAAUUUACAAGUGACGCGCUGAAAACGGAAAUAAUCAAAUUGUUGUUCAUCUGGCAGCUAUCCAUUAAGCACAUAGAGAAGUACAAGCAGGUUUAUGAGUCAUUGAAAGCCAGCAAGAUUAUCACCGAGGAUCCGCAGGUGAAAGAGACCGAAGUUCCAGUGUUUGCCAUUCCACCUGCACGUGCGUCAGUGUUUGCUAAUGAGGAGCAAGCAAUUUUGUUGAAGUCUUUGUUGAACAGCAACCGUCCAGAGGAUCUACAGACAGCGAACAAUCUGAUCAAAAGUCUCGUGGAGAGUGAAGAACACAAAGUGCUCAAAAUCCAUGAGCGACGAAAGACUCUCGAUCACGCAGUCCACUUGUGCCAGCAAAUGGAGCACUUGAAACUUGACAAGGCCGCCGAGACGAUUGGAUUAGGCAGUUUUACACCUGAUGCUGAACGUACUCUUCAGAGACUCACUGACGAGCUCGAUCAACUUCAAACAAAAAUUUACGCGUAUGCCAACGAGCUUGCCGAGAACAAUGAUCCUUGCCUGGAAGAAGUUUUAAAUAUUAACGACCACAUCAACAAGGCACUUCCAGAGAGGGACCUUCCAAGGGGUGGCAAUCGAGCCCCGGCAGCAGAAAGAGUCCAUUUGGAGCCGGAAAACCAAGAAUUGCUAGUCUUCAACUCGCCAACCAGUAAGACGGGACCGAGGAACGGAUUUUGUGAUCCACGUGAUUUGGAAGGGAGUCUUCUCAACAACAUGAUUGAGUCAGAGUUUGUGGAGGAGCCAAAGAUCAUUCCCGUUCAACAAAUGACUCCAGUCUCAAAUCGCAAUAGCUCGUCGAGCCCCCGUGCUAGUGGGGACUCGAUUUUCGAGACUGAUUUUCUGGCUGGGAAACGAUUGCCAGAAGCUCCAAAACCUCCAACUCUCAAUGAGCUAAAACCAAACACCACGACUAUCACUCUAGAUGCAUUGGAAGUUUUGGUCCCACCAUUGUCACCGGAGCCAACUAGUUUGUCGCCAAAAGUAAUUCCGGAGAAGGUGUUCAUGAAUCCCAGUUCCAUUAUCAUGAGAAACCGUCUCCCAGUCCAGAUCUUGGAUAGCAAAGGUGUCCGAAUCCUUCUCUACUACUGCCAAUCCGACAUGACUGUUAGCAACAUCCACUCCUAUGUGAUAGUGAUCCAAAACCAUAAUAACUUUGUCAUGAAGAAUGUGCAAUUGAGCAUGACUACUAAUGACAAGAACGUCAUCAUUCGCUUGCAAGACGCUGUCAGCGAGCUGCCUGGCUUCAACAUCUUCGGACAGCAAGUCACCAGCAACCUUCUCCUCUGCAUUCAACAACUCAACGACGUGAAAGAAGUCGAACUCGAUUUUUCUCUUGCAUAUAGAAAGACGAUGGAGUCGGCGAUAAGCGGAAGUUUCACACUGACACUUGUCCCGGAGCACGUUUUCAAUCUCAACUUUUGA